GGCUGCUCCCGUCUCACUAGACCCCGCCCCGCCAGUCCCGGUAGACCCCGCCCCGCCAGUCCCGGUAGACCCCGCCCCGCCAGUCCCGGUAGAGGGAGGGAUGUCGGUGCCGGUGCUGCGAGUGAGGCGCUUGGGGCUGGUGGGUUACGCGGAGGCGCUGGGGGUGCAGGGCCGGUACGUGCGGGAGCUGAAGGCCGGGGGGGAGGCUGGGAGCCCCGGGGGGGCCCUGUUGCUGUGCGAGCACCCGGCGGUAUAUACCGUGGGGGUCCGGAGGGGCCGGUAUCCCGGGGAGGAGGAAGCCCGGUUACGGGGCCUUGGGGCGGAUUUCCAGCGGACGGACCGGGGGGGACUCAUCACUUUCCACGGGCCCGGCCAGCUGGUCUGUUACCCGGUACUGCACCUGGGGGCCCUCCGGCGCUCCCUCCGCUCCUAUGUGUGCGGCCUGGAGUCUGCGGUCAUCCGGCUGUGCCGGGGCCUGGGCCUCCCGGGGGAGAGACAGCCUGACACUGGGGUGUGGGUCCGGGGCAACAAGAUCUGCGCUAUAGGAGUGCACUGUGCCAGACACAUUACGAGCCACGGGCUGGCGCUGAACUGUAACACGGACCUGGGUUGGUUCGGUCACAUCGUGCCCUGUGGGAUUGUGGGUAAAGGAGUGACGUCGCUCACACAGGAGCUCGGCCGACAGGUGACAAUCGAUGACAUCAUAGCGCCAUUCCUGGAGGCGUUUGAGGAAGAAUUUCAGUGUCAGUUGGUCCCGGAACAGAACCCGGAACAGAACCCGGUACAGAACCGACCCGACCGGGACGCCGGGCCCCUCUGAGCCCCGUUUGUUACUGGACUCCUGUAUUUAUAUAAAUGGGGAGAAAUAUAUUUUUCAAUUAAAUGUGACAAAAUCCAA